AUGUCCGACCUGUGGUGCUCCUUGAUCUCUGCCAUUGCCCCCAACCCUGAAGCCAUGCCUGCUGUACUCCAGUCCACCAUCCAUUUGCUCGAAUCAGAGCUGGUGAAGGCUCGGGCUGCUCUUCAGGAAGUUCGACCCUAUGCUGCUCUCCCGCGCAUUGGGGACGAGGUCGCUGUCGGCGCCAUGGCCGCCUACAGACAGAAUCUCAUCGGCCGUGCCCCCGACUUUUACGGCGCUCGUCGGCUGACCCUUGAAGAAUUGGGCCUCCAGCCUGCUAUGCAUCAAAACACAUCCGAUAUCGUGCCAGAGAUGAUGGCCCAACCUGCGUCUAUUCCUCCGCGAGCAUCUCUGGAGGAAACGCUCACCAAUAGUCUAAUUCUUGAUCACAUGGCACCUUAUCUCUCCUGUCCCGUCCUUAAUGGCUCUGUCGAUGACCUCGCGACACCUUCGCGACCUGAUUACCAAAACUCCUUACAUAUUCAGACAUCUCGAUCUGACUCGCUGCAAAGGCGCGCAGUUGCUCGCUUCGCACGACGACGACUCUUCAACGGAAGACGAGGUAUACUCGGCUCCCUUACGCCAUAUUUUUGCUAG